CUAUUUUCCACGCUCUCCUAACACUGGACUCAUUGUGCAACAGAGGUUUUUCUUCCUGUCACACCUUUUCAAACUUUUCAAUUUCCCUUCAGCGCCGACUGACCUCAUAGGUCCCAAUACUCGGCCUUUGGCCUAAAUUCUAUUUGUAAACCCAACAAUCUUGCUGUCUGAGUUAGUAUUAGAGUUGGGAGCGAAUAUUAGGAAUAUGUAUAAGGUAUUCAUGAUAUGAUAUAUCACGAGAGGAUUUUAAGUAUUAGGACAGAUAGGAAAGAACAUGUCUGGGUCUAUCUGAGGGUAUUCUUCCAAGUGCCAACCAGGCAGAGUACAGACAGGCAGGUACAACACUACAAGAGAGGACAUCACUACGAUCGACGACACCGUCGCAGACGCACCGAUGGACAUGGUUGUCUCCUCCGUACAUGAGAGGCCUAAGGCCACAUGGGAGGUCUUCAGUUUCCCUCCAUACAUGAGAGGCCGAGAGCCACAUGGGAGGUCUUCAGAUUCCCUCCAUACAUGAGAGGCCGAGAGCCACAUGGGAGGUCUUCAGAUUCCCUCCAUACAUGAGAGGCCUUCAGAUUCCCUCCAUACAUGAGAGGCCGAGAGCCACAUGGGAGGUCUUCAGUUUUUUCCUCUACUCAGGUGAGGCACAUAGCCAGCUGAGAGGAAACAGGUUUGUAUCCCUCCCGCACUCAAUGAGUUUUGACCUUAGGGUAGAGGUGCAGGGAGUUUUUCCCUCCACAUAUGGGAGGCCUAGAAGGCCACACAUGGGAGAUUAGUUUGGACGAGUGACAAAUGAACUUGAGACUGACCCACGUACUCAAUUAUAUUGACUGACAACUGGUACAGUGGAGGGCCGGGUAGAUUUGAUUCCCUACCUCCAAAUUAAUGUUGUUAAUCGGGCUUGUUCCGGUGUUCAGGGGUGUAUUGCAAUAUGAAGUUUUUAUUGUAAAACUAAUAUUGUAAUGCCUACCUGAACACCUGAAUGAUUCCCACCCUCCUCCCCUCUCAUACAGAGUUAUUGAGUUAUGAUUGACGUGAGAGGGCAGGUGUGACCGGCCCGUGAGGCAGGGCUACUAGCGGUGGGCUGGUAACUAGGUAACGAGGGUGUUUGCCAGGAGAUUGGCAACACUGAUCGUUUAUUUUAACCAAAGAUUUGGUAAAUUUUUAAUAAAUGAUGGUUCGGGCUGGUAAGUGACAGGGCUUGUUCAGGUGUUCAGGUAGGCAUUACAAUAUUAGUUUUACAAUAAAAACUUCAUUUUUCCUAACUAUACAAACCUGAGGUCCUUUAACAAAUAUGCCCACUUCAUGCCACCCCUCAAUCUGAACCUGGGCCGAAAGGCAAAGUGGAGUUUCCAUCCGAGGCUAGCCUGCCCCACAGUAGUUACUGCCUAACCACCUUGUUCAAGAUUCAACGGCCAUAAUUCCAGCUAUGCCGCAAGUUACAUUCCUAUUGUUAAAGGACCUCAGGUUUGUAUACUUAGGAAAAAUACAAUUUUUGAGAAAUUGUUAUUUUUUCAUCAAUUUCAUUAGAAAAUGCACUUUUUGUAAUAAAAAUAUUAAAAAAACAAUUAUAAAAAUUUUUAGUACUUUUUUUAGUUUAACUAACAAACUAAGUUUUAAACAUUUCUAUAGGGGUUCAACUAUUCACAUAUACCGGGCAACACUGUAAUCCAUUGAUUAAUAAGUGUAUAUUUGUUUAGAAGCCUUUAUAUGUGUUUAAGACUGACAUAAUUCUGCUUAUUAGAGGGCCAAAGUAUAUAACCCUUAUACAUACAUAGUACGCUAGUACGUAUUGUGUAUCUGUGCACUGUUAAGCAGCAAUUAUUGCUCUUGAGUUGUUGUACUACUUCUGUAAACUUUAAGCUCCAGAAACACAUCUCUGAUGUUCUGAUAACUAUAAAAUACAUUAUAAAUUAUCUGGACUCAAAGCCUUAUUCUCUACUGAGAGAGCAUCUACAGGCAGUCUCUGGGUUGCAAUGGAGAUCCAAUCCUGAGAUGGAAACUUAAGUCAGGUUUUAACUUUAAAAAAAUAUAUAAAAAAAAAAAGUUAUGAAAGCCUUACCUUUAGUUCUGUGGUUGGCUUUCACACUGGAAGGAUGGGCGACAAGUACUUAUUUACAUGAGGGAGCCCAGAAACUAGUACCCAACCUAACGUCCCCUUAACUUCAGGACUGCCUUAAUUUCGGAUUGCCUUAAGUUGGAGACAAAUUUUUAUGAAUAUUUUGUAAAAGUGGUGUAUUAUUGGAUUGACUUACGUCGAGAAUGUUGUUCCUCGGGGUAUUCAGGCUAAGUUUUGUAAUUGGAGCAAGAAAGGUUAACAUGUUUGCAUGAUAAUUUUACUUAUUAUAACCUACUUAAGAUGUACUCUAACGUAAUACAGUCGUUUAAAUGGAAAUACGUACAUAUUUUGAACAUUUCAAUAGUAGUACAUAACUUGUAUAUCUUCAGAGUGAGAGUGAUAAACGUGAAAGAGCUCGAGGAAGCAUUCAGUUAGCUGGGGCUGUCAUAUCCCCAAGUGAUGAAGAUUCCUAUACAUUCACUGUCUCACCUGCAGCAGGUGAAUCUUAUAAAUUACGGGCAACUGAUACUAGGGAUAGACAGAUGUGGCUUAACCGGUUACGAGUUGUGGCAGAAAUGCACACAAGAGCAAUUGCUCAUAACCACCCACCACUUGCCCCAAGAGAGCAUCGCACUCAAGGAGGGUCUACUGGAAGUUCACAACAAUUAAGCUCAGCCCCUCCAAUGGGACUGGCUGUCCUUGACGCCUUUACGCAGGUUGCAGAAGUAUUAGAAGAGUCUCGUAGGCAGCAUUCAGUCCUAGCCUCUGCGAUUGAAGACAUGCCAUCAUUUGGUACUGGUAUGAGAUGUACAGACUCAAAUUUGUUGUUACUGAAAGCGACCAGCCAAGCUACACUUAUUUGUUUAGAGCAAUGCUUAAGCAUUCUCAAAACCCAGCAUAUGUCCGCUCCAUAUCAUCAGCCUUCGCCUCCUGUAACCACCGCUAAGUAUGUUAGAUUUUUUGUUAUAUAUUGAGUUUGUUUUUGGAUU